GUUAUCGAUGUCCGUUUUUGUAUGUUGCCAAUUUGCCGUUGUUUUAAUUUUUGGUGAUUACAAGAUUUAAAGAAGUUGGUGACUGAUGGAGAAAAAUUAUGGUCGAAUUGUGUCGAAAAUAUAUAAUUUUAUCUAAGACGUAGAUUGUGCGUAGCUAACUUACGUGAUUAAGGGCUUAUUAAGCAAAGAAGGUUGAGCUCCGCUUAACAGGUAACGAAUUAUAUAAACAAUGAGUUUUACUCAGAGUUAUAAAACGAAGGAGCAUGCUACUGAGUACAGUGAAAGUAAAACUAGAGCUACACCAGUCGCAAUGGUGGCUCCGGAAUUGAAACACAGCACUGAGGUUAACACUGAAAUAACAAAAAAUUGUGCAGUCCUGGGUUGUGAUGACUCGAAGAAUUUGGAUCCUGAAUCUUUCUUUAGAUUUCCAGAAGAUGCAAAUCUUAGACAGAUAUGGACAGACCUUACUGGUCGUAACAACUGGACUCCAACCGACUACUCAUACAUAUGUAUUCAACACUUUUCUGUUGAUUGUUUUGAAUGUGAUUCAACUAACACCAUGGUUCUUGUUGAUUCUGCUGUGCCUUCAUUGAAAUUACCUAACCAUGUUUUGGAGGUUGAAUACAUAGAUGAAGAGAGUUUAGACAAUGAAUAUAAUUAUGAAGAGUAUAUGGAUACUGAUGAGUUCGAAGAUGAAGAGGCUACACCAUCAGCAGUCAUCAUUACUCAAUCAAAGGGCAUUACUCAAAUUAACAGAAUGGCUCAAACCAACAGCAUGGGCCAAGCCAAUAGCACUUCUCAAACCAACAGCAUGGCUCACGCAAAUAGUACUUCUCAAACCAACAGCACAGUCCAAACUCAUACCACCACUCAAACCAUGAGCACCACUCAAACCAGUAACUACACUCAAACUAACAACGCCAUGGAAACAAAUGGCAAUAAUGAGAAAAUAGAAAAAACUAAUCAAAAGGUUAAUAAUGUAGAGCUUUUAAAACUAUUUACAGAAGUGCAGAAGAUGCAAAGGCAAGCUGUUGGUUUAAAAGAAAAAUUGAAAACCAACAUGCAAUUACAUAAUCGGCAGAACAGACAUUUCCGUCGCUUAGAAGAAAUACUAGAAAGGAAAAAGAAAAUACUUGAGGAGAAACAAAAGAAAAAGUCUAAAAUUUUGCUAACAUUACAAGAUAAAGUGAAUGAAGAUAUGAGUGGACUAGUGUUAGCAAUGCCAAUGAGACAAACUGAGGAUUUAAAGAAUUUUGCACUAAAUAUUUACAAUUAUUCCCCACAAGCUUACAUUUACUUAAGAAAUACAUUGAGAACAAUGUUGCCGAGUACAGAUGUUAUGGAGACUUGGCUGAAUGCUGGAUUCCAACCAAAGAGUAUCAUGAGCAGCUCUAAUAUGGUCAAAGUGACUGCUGAGCAAACCGAGAAAGACUUAAUAUGUAAAGUAUCAAUAGUAUAAUAGAUAAGUUUGAUCAUCAUUGUUUUUUUAAUAAAUGAGAUGAAAGUGUUC